AGGGUGCCUCUGCCGAGGCGGCUCAACUAUGGUCCAAGCUCAUCAUUGAGAAGAUGUCCCUAGAUACCAACAGUCCCGCCGCCAACAAACCAUCUUCAUCACAGACCGAUGUUGCCGGUGCACUCAACACUACCACCAGUGCCAACCAACAGAAGCUGAGAAAGGAGAUUGACCGCAAGCUGGCCUGGAUGAACCACUACGAUGACUAUGUCAACAAGUCCAAAGCAGUCCAAUUCCAACCCAAAGGACUUGUCAACACUUCCAACACAUGCUUUAUGAAUGUCGUUGUCUCAACAGACUUUGAGUCUCUUCCAGCAUCCAAGUAUCCCACUCUAUCAAACUUGGUUCACUUCAACAAUGAUUACUUUGCUCAGCCAUCGACACCAGCCAGUGGAUCUACGACUGGCGGCGGCAAUAGUAGCAGCGGUAACAGUGGCAAGCAACACAAUGCCGUUUCAACACCUGCUCCAAUCAACCCAAGAUACUUUUAUGAUUUGGUCAAGUCAUUCAACUCCAAGGUGUCACCAUCUCCCAAAGAGGCCUCCACAAUGCCUGUGAUCCCACUCUCGGUGCCCAUCACCAAGAAGAAGUCAAAGCUCAUCGUCUACGAGUCACAGCAACAACAGCAGCAGCAACAGAGUUGUCAACAGGAUGCCCAAGAGUUCUUGAUCUACUUCCUUGACCUCAUCCACGAGGAACUCGUUACACUGAUACGCGAUAUCGAGGGUCCAAAGGAAGAGGCCAACAUACCAAACAAGGAGGACUUGGAGGGCGAAUGGCAGGUGGUUGUUCAGAGGAACAAGACAUCGACUAUCAAUGAUCAAUCAUCGGUAGCAACAUCACCUAUCUCUCAAAUAUUCUCUGGCACUCUCAGGAGCAGUGUCAACAGACACGAGUCAAAAGAGUCAAUCACACUUCAACCAUUCUAUUGCCUACAUUUGGACAUUCGCCCAGAGAAUGUAGCAACUUUGGACGAUGCUCUCUCUUUAUUCAUGAAGGAGGAGACUUUGGAAGGAUACACAUGUCAGACAAAGAAGAUUGAGAUCACUGCCAGCAAGUCCAUGUCCAUUGAGAUACUGCCUCGUAUCCUUGUCGUGCAUUUUAAACGAUUCGCCUUUGAUACCAAGGCACAGAAGCUGGACAAGCAUGUGUCCUUCCCGACCAACCUCACGCUGAAAUCACACACACCAGUUCGCACCGAGUCCACCAAGCGGUACUCCCUCUUCUCCGUGGUCGGACAUCAUGGCAAGGGCCUGUCACAGGGUCACUACACAUGCGACGUUCUGCAACCCAACAACCAGUGGAUCAAAUUCGACGACGCCAACAUUAGCGAGGUGACUGAACAAGAAGUACUGUCACGCGAAGCAUAUCUCCUUCUCUAUCAACAACAAAACACAGCAUAA